AUGACCUUCUCCGACGGCAGCUUCCCGUUCUACCCGCAGCCGCGCAAGCCGGCCGGCUUCGAUGUCAGCCUCGUCAUCGUCAUCGUCGUCUUCCUCGUCCUGGCGGCGAGCUUCCUCCUCAUCCUGCCCGGCAUCCGCGGAAGAGCUCGGCUGUACUGGCUGUUCCGGGUCACCGCGAGCCUUUUCGUCGGAGCCGUCAUCGUGGCGGUUCACUUCACCUCCGACUGGGAGAGCGGGCGAGUGACGGCCAGCACCCCCUACAAGUCCUUCAGCGCCGCCGUGGUGCGUGCGGACGUCGGCCUGCACGUCGGCCUGGCCGGCAUCAACGUCACGCUGCUCGGAAAACCCAUGGUUCAGCUCAAUGAAACCAUUAACUACAAUGAGCAAUUUUCCUGGUGGUCUGGGGCUGACUAUGAACAUGAGUUUGAGGAAGGCUUGGAGCGGGGCCUUCCCAACCCCAUCCUCUACGUGGCGGAGAAGUUCACCGAGCACAGUCCCUGCGGCUUAAGCGUCCUCUACAGAAUGGCGGGCCACUACGCCUCUGCUACCUUGUGGGUCGCCUUCUGUGCGUGGCUCAUCGCCAACGUGCUCUUCUCCAUGCCGGUCCCGGUUUACGGAGGCUACAUGAUCAUCGUCACAGGGGCCUUCAUGAUCUUCGGCCUGCUGUCCUUCGCCACCGGGAGGAACGUUCCCAUGUGUGCCAUCCAGUUUGGCCCCACCUCCCUUCAGCUGGCCUACGGCCCCUCCUUCUGGCUUACCCUUGCCACAGGGCUGCUCUGCUUCCUGAUCGGGGCAGUGGUGAUCGUGCUGCACCACGCCUGCCCGCACCUCCUGAAGGCCUUCUUCGACCUGUGCGAGGAUGAAGAGGACGAGGACGCCCCGCUGGGGGAGGCGUACGUCAACCCCUAUUUCCCGCACCUGCAGAGGGCUGCUGCCCAGCCCAGCUUCAAGCUGACCAUCACGAACAGCUAG